AUGGCCGCCCGCAAAAUCUUCGUCGUAGGGAUUUCUGGCCCAUCCUCGAGCGGCAAAACAACGCUUGCACGACUUUUGCGAACGGUUUUUACCCCAAAGCAAGAGUCGAACGGUGAUAUCAAAACUUAUCUGGUACAUGAAGAUGACUUCUACAAGGCUGACAACCAAAUUCCAAUUACAACUACAUCGUCGGGCAAACUGGUCCAGGACUGGGAUACUGUUGAGGCUUUUGAUAUCAAGCAAUUUGUUUCCUGCCUGUCUCAUAUUCGUGAAACGGGUGGAUUUCCUCCCAAGUUGAAAAGCAAGGAGGAUUUGAAUGACGCUACGGACUCUGGAGUUGAUGAAGCCACCAUACAUGCAUUACAAGGGCGUAUAGCCCAGCAGCUACAGCAACAUUUAGCAAGCCAGCAGCAGAGAACAGAGGGACUGGAUCCUAGCUUAACUAUUGUGUUCGUGGAUGGCUUUUUGUUAUAUGCUCCUUCAAAUGACUCUACACAUCCAUUGCGGCAUGUUCAUGAUCAGAUCAACCUCCCUAUCUUCUUGCCGGUGACGUAUCCACUGCUCAAGGAGCGCCGGGAGGGAAGAACAGGAUAUGUUACUAUCGGGCCUGCACCAACUCCUGUGUUUAGAGAGGAAGAUAACUCGCAAGACAAGUCUGCAGAUGACGGGGCUGAAGACGGCAAUGGAAAAGAUGGUGCACCCGUUAACUUCUGGAUAGAUCCCCCAGGCUACGUUGAUGAUAUUGUUUGGCCUCGAUAUAUUUCAAAUUGCUCAUGGCUCUUGCUCCCGGAUUCUGCGUCUGCUAGCAAGAUGGACCUUGACAAAAUGAAGGAACUCAUUGGAGACGGGUCUUUUGUCAGGGAAGAUUUGGGAAUCGCUGUUGCGCCUGGAAAGGGUGAAGCUCCUAUGCAUCAAUUGUUAGACUGGGCAGCGGAUUUGAUCUUUGCCAAAAUCGAAGAGAUCAAGACGGAGAAGUGA